AUGGGCAGAAUCAGUGAGUUGCCUAAUGACUUGCUGAUAAAGAUAUUAUCGUUUCUUCCAACCAAAGUUGCUGUCUCCACUAGCAUCUUGUCCAAACAGUGGGAGUUUCUUUGGAUGUGGCUUCCUAAACUUGUGUACACUAGUAGUUGUUGUUAUUCAAAGUCUGAAGACAAGAGGUUAAAGUGUUUUCUUGACAGAAAUCUGCCAUUACAUAAAACUCCGGUUAUAGAAAGCUUACGUCUUUACUUUCGUUAUCCACAUUUAGAACCUGGAGAUAUCAAACUAUGGGUUCUAACUGUAGUUUCUCGCUACGUCCUUGAGCUGGAGAUUUCUUAUUUUACUUACCAGAACGAGCAGGAUAUCUUGUCGAGUAGCUUGUAUACCUGCAAAUCGCUCGUGACCUUGAAACUCAAUGGAAUGAUUCUUGUGGAUGUUCCUCGUAUGGUUUGCCUUCCUUGUCUCAAAACUUUGCGACUUGAAUGUGAUGAUCAUUUAGAUGAGAUUGUGGUAAAGACUCCUUCUUUGAAGUACUUGGAUUUUACAUAUUAUAGCUUUAAGAUUCACCACUGUUUGAUUGAGAAUAUGCCUAAGCUGAGUGAGGCAUAUGUAAAUGUUAGCUUUCCUAUUCUCGAGAGGCUUAUCGGAUCAAUCACAUCUGUCAAGCGUCUCACAUUAUUGCAAGUAGACUAUGGUUCAGAGGAUGUGUAUGGUGGUGGUUUUGUCUUCAACCAGCUUGUACAUCUGAAUCUACGUAUGUACCAAAGAUAUUCGUUGAAUGUGCAAGUCCGUCUGCUUAAAGAUUCGCCUAAGUUACGUUUGCUAGGCCUAGAUCUAUGUCGCAGUAGAAGGGAUGUUCAUGGAACUAAUGGUGUGAUUUUCUGGAAUCAACAAAGUACUGUUCCUGAAUUGUUAUCAUCUGGAGCUGUUUAA